AUGUUGGCAGUUCCCCUGUUUCUAUCAGAGAUCGCACCAUCAAAAUGGAGAGGAAGUCUAAACAUCCUUUUCCAACUCUUAAUCACAGUUGGGAUCUUGAUUGCCAACCUUGUUAAUUACUGGACUUCUUCCUUACACCCCUGGGGUUGGAGGCUCUCUCUCGGCCUUGCUGGUGUACCUGCGGCCUUGCUAUGCUUCGGUUCAUUGCUCAUUGUGGAGACACCAACAAGCUUGAUAGAGAGAGGGAAGACUGAGAAGGGGAAGGCCACUCUUGAGAGAAUUAGAGGCACUAUGAAUGUCGAACCCGAAUUCCUGCAGCUUGUCGAGGCAUGUGAGACUGCGAGUGAAGUUAAGCACCCGUACCGCAGGCUCAUGAGGCGUGACAGUCAUCCACGUCUGUUGAUCUCUAUCAUCCUGCAG